AUGAGGACGACACUUGCGAAGCAAAUGGGGUGGACACGCAUAGGCACGGCUUUCCGCCGCUGCUCAGUCGGCUUUCUCAACACCUCUCGUCAACGACGCCCACCGUCCGCUGCUAUUCAUUCUCAUCAGAUGAGUACGGAUGCUCAGAGUAUAGCUGCUCGCUUGAACAGUGCGGGCUUUAUUCGUAGUCAGGGAUUUAUAGGAGGAAAGUGGACCGAUGCAUACGAUGGGAAGACUAUUGAGGUCCAAGAUCCUGCAACUGGUGAAAUAAUAACGAAUGUUUCAUGCAUGGGUAGAAGUGAAACGAAUGAUGCAAUUGCUUCAGCACAUGAUGCAUUUCUUUCUUGGAGCAAGCUAACUGCUUCCGAAAGGAGUAAAUGUUUAAGAAAAUGGUAUGAUUUGUUGAUGGCCCACAAAGAAGAGCUUGGUCAACUUAUGACAUUGGAGCAAGGAAAACCUCUGAAAGAGGCCAUUGGUGAGGUUAGUUAUGGGGCGAGUUUUGUGGAGUUCUAUGCUGAAGAGGCUAAACGAGUGUAUGGUGACAUUAUUCCACCGACUUUUCCUGAUCGCCGUCUGUUUGUUUUAAAACAGCCAGUUGGCGUUGUUGGGGCAGUUACACCUUGGAAUUUCCCUUUGGCUAUGAUUACACGCAAGGUUGCCCCUGCCCUUGCUUGUGGAUGCACUGUUGUAGUAAAACCCUCUGAACUGACUCCAUUGACUGCAUUGGCAGCAGCUGAACUCUCUAUUCAAGCUGGAAUACCACCGGGUGCAGUAAAUGUUGUAAUGGGAAAUGCACCGGAAAUUGGAGAUGCUCUACUCGCGAGCCCUCAGGUGAGAAAAAUCACAUUUACAGGCUCAACAGCUGUCGGGAAAAAAUUGAUGGCAGGUGCUGCAGAGACGGUUAAAAAGGUGUCCCUAGAACUUGGUGGCAAUGCGCCCUGUGUAGUUUUCGACGAUGCAGAUCUUGACGUUGCUUUAAAAGGAACUCUGGCAACAAAAUUCCGUAACAGUGGCCAAACAUGUGUCUGCGCAAAUAGAAUACUUGUGCAAGAAGGUAUAUAUGAGAAAUUUGCACAUGCCUUUUCAAAUGCGGUUGAGAGCAUGAAAGUUGGGAAUGGCUUUGGGGAUGGUGUGGUACAGGGCCCUUUGAUAAAUGAUGCUGCCGUACACAAAGUUAGUUUUCUGUUCUCAUUUGCAAUUUAUGGAGCUAAAGUCCGCAUUGGCGGCAAGAGACACAGCCUUGGAAUGACAUUUUAUGAGCCUACGGUGAUAACUGAGGUCAACAGUGACAUGCUGAUAUCAAGGGAAGAAGUAUUUGGGCCGGUGGCACCUCUUCUUAAGUUUAAAACCGAGGAAGAAGCUAUCCGCAUGGCCAACGACACCAAUGCAGGUCUGGCUGCCUACAUCUUCACAACAAAUAUUCAGCGAUCUUGGCGUGUAUCUGAAGCUCUUGAGUAUGGGCUUGUUGGAGUGAACGAAGGACUAAUCUCGACUGAGGUGGCCCCAUUCGGAGGGGUGAAGCAAUCUGGCCUUGGCCGCGAAGGGUCAAAGUAUGGGAUGGAUGAAUAUUUAGAAAUUAAAUAUGUAUGCUUAGGGAAUAUGAGCUGA